AUGAAUGCUUUAAUUAAUGCUUUACAUAAUGAAUUACAAAUCAGUGAAUCAUCAACAAUUAUUGAAAAACUGUUCCAUAUACAAACACAAUCACGUGUUACAUGUUGUUUAUGUAAAACAGAAGAUACGACAGAUGAAAGAACAACAUUUCUUCCAUUACCACUACCGUUACCUAAACUGCAUCCACAACAAAAAUGUUUACUACUUGAAGAUUUAUUAUCAUUCUUUUUCGAAGAAGACACUUUAGAUGGUGAUUAUUAUUGUCAAAAAUUUGAUACUAUGACACAGGCUAAACAAAAAACAAGCCUUCGUCAUCCUCUGCCACGUGUAAUUAUUAUACAAUUGAAACGUUUUACGUUUGAUGAUUCAAAUAAUAAAAUUCAUACAUUUGUUAGAUAUCCAUUGCAAAAUUUAAAUAUUGGAAAAUAUCUUGCCCAAACAUCAACUAAUGACACAUUCUACAAUUUAAUCGCGAUUUCUGUUCAUACUGGUAGUUCACAAUCAGGGGGACAUUAUACAACGUACGCUAAGAAUAAUGAUCAAAGCGAAUGGUAUUUGUUUAAUGAUAGCUUUCUCGAACCGGUUGAAAAGAAAAUUCAGGAUAAACAGCUAUUGACAAAACAUGCAUAUGUACUUGUUUAUCAGAAGACAGAAAUUUCCUAG